CAGGACUCUCUUUCCUCUUCCCUGGGAUGCUUCGGGUGGAUAUAUGUAUAGCCUAUAUAUAUAGACAGAGAAAGGAGAGUGAGAGAUAGCCGUUGCCGAGAGAAAGACAGAGAGUGAAUGGCCACUCCUCCGAAGCCAUGGAAGGCAGAGUAUGCAAAAUCGGCGAGAUCAUCUUGCAAGACCUGCAAGAACAACAUCGAAAAGGAGAAGUUCAGGCUUGGCAAGAUUGUCCAAGCCACACAAUUCGAUGGCUUCAUGCCUAUGUGGAACCAUGCUGACUGUAUUCUGAGGAAAGCAAAUCAAAUAAAAUUUCUUGAUGAUGUUGAGGGCUUGGAAUUGCUUCGCUGGGAAGAUCAGCAGAAGAUAAGGAAAUACAUAGAGAGCAGUGUGCCCUCAAAUGUUCGUGCUUCCACUGGGACUGAAUAUGCUGUAGAAGUUUCACAAACUUCCCGUGCUACUUGCAGACGAUGCAGCCAAAAGAUUGUGAAAGGAGAGGUCCGUGUGUCUGCCAAGAAUGAUGGUCAAGGGGCUAAAGGCUUGGCUUGGCACCAUGUUAAUUGCUUUGUGGAAUUUUCCCCAACUAUCAAAGUAGAUAAAUUGUUUGGGUGGGAAAACCUUUCAGCUUCUGAUCAAGCAGCUGUUCUUACCCUAGUUAAAAUGGUUCCUUCUACAGAAAAAGGCACAAAAGUUGAGACGCAAGAGGAUUUAGAAGCUUUACAACAGUUGACAUCUAAAGGUGGUACUAAACGGAAAGGAGUUUUGAGCAGUGGCCAGAAGUUAAAACUUGCUAAGGCUGAAGGUGAUGCUUGUGCAAGCAAGAUUGCUUCUGACAAGAAUGCCGACUUAGGUGGUGAACUCUCAAGAGACUCUAAUAUGGAGAGUCAACUGGAGGCCCAGACUAAAAAAUUAUGGGCUUUGAAAGAUGAUCUUAGAAAAAAGGUGUCAACAGCGGAGAUGCGAGAGAUGCUUGAAGCCAAUGGUCAAGAUUCAACAGGGUCGGAGCUCAACUUGCGAGAGCACUGUGCUGAUGGGAUGCUUUUUGGAGCACUUUGUAGAUGCCCACUUUGUUCUGGGUGUCUACGUUAUUCUGGGGGUAUGUACAAAUGCCAUGGGUACCUAUCAGCAUGGAGCAAGUGUUCAUACUCUUCCACUGAACCUGAACGUGUCAAUGGAAAGUGGAAAAUUCCAGAAGAGACAAAAAAUGAGUAUCUUUGCAAGUGGUUUAAGUCACAAAAGGCAAAGAAACCUGCUCGAAUAUUGCCUUCGCCUUCAACACGUGUGCCUUCUGGAAGUCAAGCUGCUAAGGAAUCUUCUCAGUCAUCGAAAGGAGAAACAUUAGGAGAUCUGAGGGUUGCUCUAGCUGGAGUAUCCAAGGAAUCAAUGGAGCAAUGGAAGAGCAAAAUUAAGGAAGCAGGUGGACAGGUUCAUGCCAAGAUUAAGAAAGACACAAAUUGUUUAGUUGUGAGUGGAGUGUUGGAUGAUCAAGAUGCUGAGAUAAGGAAGGCAAGGAGGAUGAAACGACCUAUUGUUAGGGAGGAUUAUUUGGUUGACUGCAUAAAAAAGCAGAAGAAACUUCCUUUUGAAUUGUACAAAAUUGAAGCAAUUGGAGAGGCACGUAGCAUGGUCACUGUCAAAGUUAAAGGGCAAAGUGCUGUGCAUGAAGCAUCUGGCUUGCAAGAUUCUGGACACAUCCUUGAGGAUGGGAAAAUCAUUUAUAAUACAACUUUGAACAUGUCUGACCUUUCAACCGGUGUUAACAGUUAUUAUGUCCUUCAAAUCAUUCAAGAUGACAAAGGGUCAGAUUGUUAUGUAUUCCGUAAAUGGGGUCGUGUUGGGUACGAAAAAAUUGGAGGAAGCAAACUAGAGGAGAUGUCUAAAUCAGAUGCGAUACAAGAAUUCAAACGUCUAUUUCUUGAAAAAACUGGGAAUUCGUGGGAGGCAUGGUUGCGGAAGAAAAAUUUUCAGAAGCAACCUGGCAGAUUCUUCCCGUUGGACAUUGAUUACGGGGUUAAUAAGGAGGCACCUAAGAAGAAAAAUCUGAAUGAUACAAACAGCAAACUUGCUCCCCCGUUAGUUGAAUUGAUGAAGAUGCUCUUCAAUGUGGAAACAUACAGGGCUGCAAUGAUGGAAUUUGAGAUAAAUAUGUCUGAAAUGCCACUCGGGAAACUUAGCAAAAGCAAUAUCCAGAAAGGUUUUGAGGCACUAACUCAGAUACAGAAUCUAUUGACUAGUGCUGCUUAUGAUGCUUCUGUCAAAGAAAGCCUGAUCGUUGAUGCCAGCAAUCGAUUUUUCACCGUGAUUCCUUCCAUUCAUCCUCAUGUGAUUAAGGAUGAGGACGAUUUUAAGUCAAAGGUGAAAAUGUUAGAAGCUCUCCAGGACAUUGAAAUAGCUUCCAGAUUAGUAGGUUUUGAUGUUGAUAGUGAUGAUUCCCUUGAUGAGAAGUACAUGAAGUUGAAGUGUGAUAUUGCUCCACUUCCCCAUGAUAGUGAAGAUUAUAAGCUGAUCCAUAAAUAUCUUCAAGCCACACAUGCCCCUACACAUACAGAUUGGGCUCUUGAAUUGGAAGAAGUCUUUUCACUUGAAAGGGUGGGGGAAAUUGACAAGUUUGCUCCCCACAGAGAGAGACUUAAAAAUAGAAUGCUUCUUUGGCAUGGUUCCCGGUUGACGAACUAUGUGGGCAUACUUAGUCAAGGACUGAGAAUCGCUCCCCCUGAAGCCCCAACUACUGGCUAUAUGUUUGGCAAAGGAGUAUACUUUGCUGACCUGGUCAGUAAAAGUGCUCAGUAUUGUUACACUGACAAGAAAAAUCCCGUGGGCUUAAUGCUUUUGAGUGAAGUUGCCUUGGGAGAAGUUUAUGAACUCAAGAAGUCUAAGUAUAUGGACAAACCUCCUGAAGGCAAGCACUCUACAAAAGGCCUUGGCAAGAAAGUACCUCAAGAAUCAGACUAUGUGAAGUGGAGAGAUGACAUCGUUGUACCUUGUGGAAAACCAGUGUCAUCAAGUGUCAAGGCGACAGAACUGAUGUAUAAUGAGUAUAUCGUCUAUAACACAGCUCAAGUCAAGAUGCAGUUCUUAUUGAAGGUAAGGUUUCAUCACAAGAGGUGAAGUGCCACAGGUAAAUAAAUCUCCAUAAUUUAAGGUUAUGUAAGCGGGUUUUAUUGGUGUUUUUAGUCUGGGUGUUCAAUCUCCUUGGUCAACCAAUUGACUACUUCAUGGCAAGUAUGCAACCAAAGAUUAAAACUUAUCCUUCAUCUUGUAUAUAUUAUAAGAACUGGUUUCUGUGACAUCUCAUUUUGGGUUUUGCAUGAGAUGCAACUACUCAGUUCUGGUUAUGAAUUUGGUUUUUGUAAGUAAUGGAAACAAGAUCAAUUCCACCUAGUUUUGAUCGAUUCUUAAUUUAGUGUUUUUUAAGAUCAACCACUAUGUAGAAUGGUUGCCCAUAUUGCUUAUUGAAUGGCUUGUUGUUUCAUGGUUAUAUUUACAAGGAGUAGGUCUUGUUAUGUAGGAAAAAAAAAUGUUGUUGUU